UUUUCUGUUAUAAAAGCCGGCAAAACAUAGCAAGCGGCAUUAGUUCAUCAAAUAUUUGCGAAAAGUGCAGAUAAAGCGUGAAAAUAUAGUUGAAAUAUUCAAUAAAGGCUUUUUUUUAAGUGGAACCAAAGCAAUUCUUAAAUAAAACCAAACGUUUAAAGAAGUAUUAAUAAAAAGAAAAUGGCAAAUUUACCACUAUUGUUGAGUCUCAUUGAUGAAUUGGAUCGUGAAGCCUAUCCAUCUUACUAUGGAAACGAUUUUGGUCUGGGUGUUUCCCCUUAUCUCAUCCAUCGUCAUGCACAACAUCGUGAGCCCAGACAGCCCUCAGUAACAGGCUAUACACUACCAUUGGCUCUGCUUAAUCGUAUCAGUGAACAACAAGCUGCACGCCGUGCAACUGGUGGCGAAUCUAAGGAAUCUCGUUUGUCACCCAUAGGCAAAGAUGGUUUUCAAGUUUGUAUGGAUGUGGCUCAAUUUAAGCCUAGCGAACUAAAUGUCAAAGUUGUGGACAAUUCUAUUGUCAUUGAAGGCAAACAUGAAGAACGUGAAGAUCAACAUGGCUUCAUACAGCGUCAUUUUGUGCGCCGUUAUGUUUUGCCUAAGGGCUAUGAUGCGGACAAAGUGGUAUCCACUCUCUCGUCGGAUGGUGUUUUGACUGUUAGUGUACCGAAACCAGUGGAGGAAGAAAAAUCUAAUGAACGCAUUAUACAGAUUCAACAAACUGGUCCGGCUCACUUGAAUGUCAAGCAAAAUUCGGAAGACAAGGUUACGGAUGCUGCCAAUGGUUCGGGUGGUGAUCAAGAGGAUUCUAAAUAAAUGAAUGAUUGCAUUUAUUAUAAGAGAGUAUUCACUUCAUCAUAUUCAUUAUUUAUAUGCAUUCAUACAUUCAUGUAUUCCGGACUAUUCCAUAAUUUUUAAGUUUUUAGUAUUAGUUAUUUUUCUAUAAAUCACUGUUGUGAUACGAUGCCAUUUUGGUUGAAACCUAAAUUUAGAAUAUUCGUAGUUAUAUGUUUUACGAAUUAAAAAGCAAUGAUUCCAAAUAAAAGAUAAACAUAAAUA